AUGCAGAACAUCCUAAGUGCCACCCUUCUGCUGGGCAGGGCUGGGAAAUGUACUCCUGCUAUGCAAAAAAAGGGCUCCAGCAACUGCCUUCAGUGUUUAGUCCGGGAAAGCAGGAAAAACCCUCCAGACGCGUUCACACAACCAGGGACGCAGGGUGAGAGCAGCGUCACAGAGAGUGAGUUACAGGGUAGCACACCGACUACAGUGAUUCAUCACUUGCAUGCGAGGGAACGGUGUUUGCUUGACUGUUAUUUGCUUGGCAAUAAUAGUGCAAUGGCUGAGAGGUGAAGAGAAACCAUGAAAAAGGAUGCAAACCCUGGGAGAUAGACGGUGAAGGGAGGAGGGAGAUUAUUGGGGGGAGGCGACCCCUGAGAGGCUGCAGGGGAGCACACGAGGAAAACAGGCGUACGAGGUGCCCAUGUAUGGGGCCAUGACUUGAAAAGGAGGGUAAUAAUAGUAAUGAAUAAUGGGAAUAAAUUCUGGGCUGUGGAGGAGAUACGGCAGGUGCGGGGGGGGGGGGGAGGCUUGCUGUCCUGGGGAGGUGAGGGGGUGACCCGGGACCUGGCCGAGAGCCUGGCCUAGGGAUACCGCGCAGGCUGGCCGGGGGCAGAGAGGGGAGAUUAUUCCGUACCUGCGGCGUUGUCCAGGCGCGGAGGGAGCCGUCAGCAGCGGGGGGAGCAGAGUGGCCGCCGCCGCCCCUUCUCCCCAAGUCCAGCUCCGGCCGGGGACGCUGGGAGCAGCGAGCGGGCGGACGCAGCCUAGAGCGUCACUCGCCGGCAGGAGGACCCGGGCCCAAGGCAAGCCGGGCAGGCGAGGGAAAGCGCCCACCAGCGUAGACUUUGUAAAAAGGGGGAAAAAGUAGAGUGAUGAUUUCAUGGUCUAAUGACGGGACUUCCUGGAUGCUUUUGACGCCAUUUCCCUCCCUUUCUCUCCCCCCCCCCUUCUCGCGGGGCAAAGCGACAGCUGCCAUUAAGAAAGCAAAGGGCGGGAGGCGGAUCCGCCUGUGACCCCCCCCCUCCAAAAAAAUAAAAGGUUUCUCAACUCAGGUCUUGUUUCGUGUGAAAUUUAUGUGGUCUUUGUUAAAGCAAUGCAUUUUUAAGCAUUAAAAAUGGUCAACCCAAAUGCCAUAUAUAAGAGCUCCGUUAGCUGCAGAUUUAGGGAACGGGCUGAGAACUAAUGGCUAGCAACAACCCUGCGGGGUAGCCCACUGCUGGAAUUGUAAACUGGAGGCGCAGCUAAGGCUGGAAGGGGAUUGUCAACAAAAGCUGCAAUGUCGCCCAACGUCCAACCCUACGAUUCUCCAUAUUCUGUGUUAUGAUUCCCACAUGGAAAGGAGGCGGCGGCGGAGGAGCAAUCUUGUGUGCUUGGAAACAUCUAGCCCACCUUGGCCGCUCGGUCCGUAGUCCUGGCAGGGGCUGGGAAGCUGACCUCGGCCACAGUGACAGGGAGGAAGGGGGCGGAUUAACUCUUUCCCGAUCAGCCCGUUUUGGGGACUCUAGCGGUUGCUUUCCUGCCGGCGAAAAGCCCUUCUCAUCCUCCUCCUCCGCGGGUGACAAAGCAUCCGAGGAGGCUGAUCUCAGAAAUGGCCUCCAAGCUGCUCUACUCAGUUGGUAGAGCAAGAGACACUUAAUCUUAAGGUCGUAGGUUCGAGACCCAAGUUGAGCAAAAGGCUCCUGCGCGGCAGUGGGCUGGGCUAAAUGACCCUCGGAACCCCUUUCCAAGUAUACAAUUGUAUGAUUCUCCGAUUCCCUGAAGCAGCGGCUGCGCGGCGCGGCUGGAGGUGCGGAUCUCCUAAUGUGGACGGACUCCGACUCCCAUCGUGCCUGACCACCAGCCGCGUUGGCUGGGGCCAGCGGGAGUACCGGGAUCACCACGGUUGUCCUUCAAAGCGCUGCGACGGGACUUUUGUGUCGCUGCCUCCGCCGCCCUUACGACGUAGCACCCGGGGUUGCAAUUCAGUCGUUCUGCCCCCAAACCGGCGCUUGACUGCAGGCAAUUUAAUGCGCCACCGGCUCGCGCGCAGAAGCGCUGCGCUCUCGCAGCUCUGCUCGCCCGGCGCAAAAUGAAAGUUCCAAGUCAAACCGGAAGCCGGUUAGUGUUCGGGAUCCCGAGGGUUUUCUCAAUGGCCGCCAGGGGGAGCUGCGCGCGCAUGGCUCGGGUCGCAGGGUUUAAGCUUGUCGGUAGCGGACGCAAACCCAGGCGGUCAAGAAUAGCCAUCCUCUCCUGAAUGUGGCUUUGCUGCUAGAGCGCUGAGCUAGAACCUGGGGAGCGUGCGGCGAAAACCAGAGUUCACAGCCCCGCUCAGCCAUGAAACCCACUGGGCCGGUUACUGGGCUGUUGUGAGGCUAAAAAUGGAGAAAAAGUGGGGUAUAAAUGUAAUACAGUAAUAGCAAUCAUAUUACAUGCGCAGGGCUUCAUUUGAGCCAGGGCUCAGUUGUGGAACCUGCCUCUAAAUGACAUAAGUUGGCAAUGACAUUAUGUCUGGCUGUGUGGAUAUAAUAAUAAAACUGCCUUUGAACAUGUGGAGAGCAGUUUCUAGGCAGGCAGGAUGGGUCGCUUCCAAAAUACUUCCUGCUCCUCCAGGUUUCCAGCUACCAUAUAUUACGAUUUUCUAUACUAUACUGCCUAAUUUAUUCCUUGCUUCCACAACGAUUGUCUUUGCCACUCCUUUACUCUCCCAAACUAGUUUUUCUGGAGUUUCCCUGCUGUCUUCUCACUACUGCAUAAGGUGGGACACAAGGGUUCUAAAUUAGGGCUUGGGAAUGAGGCCAUUGCAUGCAUACUACUGUGCUUGGGAGCCUUCAGCUGUAAGCAUCCCAUUCACAGGAGCAAACUGCUUUCGGAUGUGUGUUAAGUGGCUCUGUGCAUCAUUAUUUGUUUAGUUAAUAGAUUAUUAUUUUUUUAUCCCACCCUUCCUCUUAGCGUAGCCUAAGGGCAGCAAACAAUGAAACCAAUUCAAACAUUUCAACACAAUCAAAUAUAUUCACUGCUAAAUAAUUUCAAGGCUGGCAGGGAGAUUUUCUUACAACCAUUAAAUGCCUGCAUGAAUAUUAAUAUAUAUUCAAAUAAUGAAGGGGACAGAGGGCAUUCCAUAAGUGAGGGGAUGCUACUGAGAAGAUUCUGUUGGGCUAAGUACUAAGUGGCAGCAGCACCUUUCUUUAUGUUUUAAGAAUAAGAUAUUAAUGACUUUUUAAAAUGUGGAUAAACAAAAUAGGAUUAUGAAACGGAAAAUAUGUAAGCAGUUUACCGCUCGCAACUUAGUUUUCAUACUCAUUUUUCUGCAAACAAUAUACCUAGGUUUGCAAGCAAGAUUGAAACAAGCGCCUCUGGGGGGGAAACAAACAAACAGCUUAACAGCAAGAUGCUAAAAGCAUGGGUAGGCAAACUAAGGCCCAGGGGCUGGAUCCAGCCCAAUCACCUUCUAAAUCCGGCCCAUGGACAGUUCGGGAAUCAGCGUGUUUUUACAUGAGUAGAAUGUGUCCUUUUAUUUAAAAUGCACCUCUAGGUUAGUUGUGGGGCAUAGGAAUUCGUUCUUUUGUUGUUGUUGUUUUUCCAAAAUAAAGUCCGGCCCACCACAUGGUCUGAGGGACGGUGGACCGGCCCAUGGCUGAAAAAGGUUGCUGAUCCCUGUGCUAAAAGCUAUAGAACAUGGGUAGGCAAACUAAGGCCUGGGGGCCGGAUGUGGCCCAAUCGCCUUCUCAAUCCGGCCCGCGGACAGUUCGGGAAUCAGUGUGUUUUUACAUGAGCAGAAUGUGUGCUUUUAUUUAAAAUGCAUCUCUGGGUUAUUUGUGGGGCAUAGGAAUUCGUUCAUUUUAUUUUAUUUUUUCAAAAUAUAGUCCGGACCCCCACAAGGUCUGAGAGACAGUGGACCGGCCUCCUGCUGAAAAAGUUUGCUGACCUCUGCUAUAGAAGAUGACACCUCUCAGUGAUAUUUUCUACUCAUUGGUAUACAGUGGUACCUCGGUUUUCAAACGUCUCCAUUGACGAACAUUUCAGUUUUCGAAAGCCAUAAACCCAGAAGUAAAUGGUUUUCGAACACGCCUCGGAAGUCGAACAUGCCAUGCUGUAUUGAGUUUUCUGUAUUUGAUUUUUGAACGUUUCAGAACUCAAAGAGUCUUCUGGAACGGAUUACAUUCGAAAACCAAGGUACCACUGUAGUUUAGCAGGGGGUGAUAGAAGGGAGAUAUGAAUCUACUCUUGGUAUGUCUCUCAGGAGCAGCUGACAUGGAAGGGUGGUGUAGCCAAGCCACUCUCUUGACAGGGAUGUUGCUGCUGCUUGUCUGAAUGGGGCAUGGUGGUAGUAAGGUCAGGACUGCACAGGCACAAAAGCAACAGUGCUGGAUUGGCUAAGCUGGUGUGCCUUAGUAGCUCUAACCUCACUGCUGCCCUGCCUGCCCCAUCCAGCUAAGCACCACUAACACUGCUACUGGUUGGAUGGCUCCUGCACACCAGCUGCUCCUGAUCUCUGUGGAAUUUGAAGUAAAUUGACAAGGAUGUCUGACUCACAAUGGUUUGACAAUGUCAGCAACAAAAUGACCCCACAACACACACAAAAUACUAUGCUGCUUAGAUGAAGAAACUGGAGUGAGUAGGUAACCAGGAAUGAAUUUUUGUUUUGAAGGACUGAAAGUGUGUUCGAUUCUAGUGCUCAGAGGAAAAUUAAUGGGCUCAAGAUUCCUUGUACGCCUCUUGUACUUUGUUCCAAUUGAUGGAUCUUGGGAUUCUAGUAAAAAAACAAACAAAGAAGAUCCCUCUGCCCUGAAGUCCGCCCACCCCUGAGACAGGCAAUGUUGUGAGGAAACCUUGGAAACACCCUCUGGGUGAAAGACCUUCCUUCUAUCCCCACCCAAAGGUUGUGAACAAUAGCUUACGUUUAGGCCUUUUGCAUGUGAAGACAAGAAAAGACAUUUGGAGGCACAGCUAGAGUGCACACCACAACGCUCUGUGCCCAGCUCAUGCCACAACAGUUGUCAAACAACUCACAUGCAUUCUUCCAACACAGAUGGAACACCACACAAAAAACCCACAACAUGGAUAAUUCUCUUUCUACUCUCUCUUGCCAACUGCUACAUGGGGCCUUCACUCAAAACAGUUUGUGCUGGCAAAAUAUUUAGUUUUCCCUCCAAAAAAAAUAAAAAUCCCCAUGGCAUGGAAUGCUGUUUUUUAAAAAAAGGUGUGCCCCUGUUUUUCCUGCUCCAUAUGUCUGUUUAUAACUGUCAAGUACAUCCACUGAUGCAUGCCAGAAAGCACUAGUAGUGCCUCAGUAGCUUUAAUUAACAUUAUAAAAUAGUAAUGUACAAUAUGUUACACCCACGUACCACAGUAAGCGCCUAGACAGAUUACACAGAAUAAUGUCUGUUUAGAUCACAGUUCCACAGAGACAUCCUCCAAUGCUUUACAUGCACCAGGUUUUGAAGAUCAAUGCAGUCGUCUUUUUUCUUAACUUUUAUGAGUCAGACUUUGCAAUAGCCCAAGAAUUACAUUUUCCUCUGAAGUGAAAGUGUUGCUGCAUUUUUAGCCCUAACCCACUACAGAAGAUAUGCUCAUUAUGCUGUGUCCUUAAAUAUAAGUUUGGAACAAAGUUCUUAAGACAAAAUACUAUGGGCAAAGAAAAACAGAGGCUAGCAGGAACUAUCUGUAGAAUUAGGUCAGGCAUCAUGAAAGAAAAGACACUCAAUGGUUCCAAGACAAAUCUGGAUACACUUAUGACAUAUAUUGUAUGGGGUCUUAUUUUUGUCUCUCAGUCAUGUUUUGCCCAACCCUUAGUUAUUGGGGGGGGGGGCAAAGGGACAUCAUUCCUGGGAAGCAUCAGGGAUUGCCAGAGCUCCUGAUAAAAUGCUGAGUGUUGACUGGCUUCUACCCCAAUGAAAAAAUAAUGUUGGAGAGACCCCUCUACCCUCAGGUUUAAGCAGAUCAAAAUACAUGGAGGAAUUCUCACUCGGAUCAAAGAGGGUAGUAAUCCUCUUUGACCAGCAAUCAAUAGUCCAACUGCUAGAAACAUGUAGAGCUCUGCAUUGUGCACAAAAACUAACUUUGGGGUAGCGUACCUUGUUCAUUCUUGCUCUUUGCUUACAGCGCACUGUGGUCUGGAUUAUGUGGGUUAAUUUAGCUCUUAGGAAGCUUAAGCAGUAGCCUUCCCAGACAGACAUCCUCCUCUCAUUUUGAAGCAUCUGGGCUUAGAAAGCCUCUCCACCUGUCAGGGCUGAGCCAUAGGGAGUGGUAGGAGGUGAGCCAGAAAUCGUGAGCCAUGGGUUGAGGAGCAAAGCCAGUACUCAGAACCAUAGGGCAAACCAGGAGGAUAGAGCACUCAACAAGCCAAGACUUGUUCGUUACAUCCACACCACAUGUGUAAAAAACACACGGCUCCCCCCACAGAAUCCUGGGAGCUGUAGUUUGUGAAGGGUGCUGGAAAUUGUGGUGGGAGCAUUACAGUUUCCAGGAUUCUUUGAGGGAAGUCAUGUUCUUUAAAUGUCUGGUGUGGAGGUGACCAAAGGAUCCAGGAACAUACUAAAGCUUGGGAAUACUGUUGUCCAGCCCGUCUGACUGAGCUAGGAAGCUCUCCUUAUACCUCUUCCCAUUUGGGAGGAUCCAGUGGUAAACUGGGUGCAUGGAGUCAGUCCAAGGCCUGCAUAGACAGGUGCUACAACCUGAGGUUCAGGUGCACUGAGUCCCAGCAGCUCCUCACACAACCUACCGUGUUGUCCCACCAAGGUAUGGGGCCAUCUUCCCCAGGAAGAGCAGCUCUUUGAGCUCAUCCACUUCCCAAUGCUUGCCAGAUGUAGUGCAGGUCACAUUAGGUGAACAACAGAGAGCCUUGUGGCACUUGAGAGAGAAGCAAAUUUUAUUAGCCAUAAGCUUUUUGUGGACUAGUUGCAAGGAAUAUUUGUUUUUGCUGCAAAAGACUGCUAACCCUCAUUCUUAGGUGUAAACCUCAUUGAAUUCAAUGGGACUUCUGAGUGCAUAUGCAUAGGAUUGCACUGUUGAAUGCUUACUCUCAGCUUUGUCUCUCACACACAAUGCCAUUUAACUUAUUGAACAAAGAAAUGCUGGAGGGAAAUACUAAUCAUACCAAAAAUACACAAAGGGGAAAGAGGCCCACCAGGGUAAUGGAACAAAGUCCAGAAGAGAGGGUAACUGAGAUAACGAGGCUGAAUUUCCAACCUCACAGUGAACCCAAAUAGCAGAUUACUCUUUAGCAAGCAAGAGUUUCGUGGGAACUGUAUCUGUAUAAUGCCUGCCUCAACAUUCUUGAGAAAAUAUGCAGGACUUUUGGAUUCUAUAGAGCCCCUGUACAUAUUCCUUUAAUUACUGGCAAACAGGGGACAUAUGAUAUAUUGCACAAUGAAAAAGGGAUGCCACCAGGAUUACUUGGGCCCACCAUAUUGUAUAUGGGUGUCCCCUCCUGCAACAAUCUAUGGGCAAGAACUGCUGCUUAUGUAUACAAUAUAUAUUUACUUAGCAUGGCCUAUCACACAGGACUAUUAUUAUUUAUGUGAUUUCUUACAUGCCCUUCUAACAUUACAGUUAUAGGAAUAAGAUGAAUCCUGAAUCCUCAAAUUAUAGUCACACUGCAGCUACCACAGCCGUAGAGACGGGACCUUCCCAUUGGUGGCUUCUAUCCCAUGGAACUCCCUUCCAACUACAAUACUUCCAAGUUCUAGAUCCGUGGUUCCCACACUGAAUUUUUUUAUUGAUAAGAAAUACGUUGGAAAGCGCAACUAGGAUCGUCCUCAGUAUCACUUGAUGCUCUUGCUCUCAUUUUGAAAAGGCAUCUAUCCAUAUUCUGGAAAUAAAAAUAAUAUUUUGAUACUCUGUUAUAGUAUACUGAAAUAUUUAAAUAUUCCUUUGAUUGCCCUUGAACCUUCCUGCCACACUUGCUACCCUCUCCUGGCACACCCUUUGAGAGCCACUGUUCUGGAUAAAAGUUUUUAAAAAACAAAGCCAAGACCUCUGCUUCCCCUGGCUUUUAACUGAAGUGUUUAUUAUUGUACAUGCUUCUGCAAGAAGCGUUUGCCGGGUGUCAGUUUCUGCUACUUGGGACUUCAGGGCUUGCUUAAACCCGCUGCUUUGUUGCAAUCCGAAGGGCGUCUUGUAGCUUUCAUGUUCACGUAUUUAUCUCUUGGUGGGACUGUCUUUUCGCUGUCAAGCGGAAGCCAUCUCGAGAAGGCGUUCAAGCCUCGAAAGGCGACUGGGGGAAGCAGCUAACAUAAAUGAAAGCAAAGGAAAACUGGGAGGAGAGGGAGGGGCAGGCGCUCUGCCUGCUGCUCGGCUUGCUCUGCCAUUGGCUCCCUCCGCCGGCUGAGGCUGCACAGAAAGCUCUGUAAUUAGGACCCGCUGGCGGACACAGAAGAGGAGCCCGUCUCCUGGGCGAGGAAAAGACGCAGCAAAGGAAAAGGAGCGGGAGGGGGGAGUCCGGACACCCUUCGUUUCCCUGGUGUCGUUUCGCUCCCCGGCAUUCAAAGUUCCCACCGCUGAGGGCUGAGCCGGGAGGACUCCUGUUGCCAAGGCAGGUGGAGCGCGCGGGGAAAGAGCUCCUCGCCGCCUCCGCCCCAGAAAAAAAGCAGCGUCGAGGGCGCGACUGGCUCCUGCCGCUGCGUCCGCCUCUUGCGUUCCCUCAGGAAGGAGCCGAGCCCGGGGGGGAAUCCAGGGCGGCGGCAGCAGCAGCAGGUAAUGAAGGUGUCCGGGGCGUCUUUCCGCUGAGGAGGCGGGCGGUUUCCUGAGGGGCCGCUCUCGGCGCCCCCCCCCCCCGGGAAGCCUAGGGGCUGUGGGGAGGGGGAAGCAGCGGGCUGGGCUGCUGGUUUCCUGGUAGAGGAAAGGGACGGGAGACGCAGCCUGCGACCUGAAAGCUUGUUAGUUGGAGGAGCACCUGCUCUGCUGGCAGAAGGGGCCUGGGGGGUUGGUUGGGUCAAUCCCCGGCGUCACCAGGUAGGCCUGGGGGAGAACCCCCCCCCCCGUUGAGAACAGCUGCCGGUCAGUGUAGGCAGUACUGAGCUAGAGGGAGCCGUGGUUUGAGGCUGGGCAUGAAGUGUUUCAGUCCUGUGCAGGUUUACCAAAGUGCUGUAACAAGGGGGUAAUGAGGCUCUCUUAAAACCAGUGCAAUUGUUGGACAGAUUCUGGAUUGCACCAGCAUCCUGGAGGUCUUGUGUCUGGAGAGAGAGAGAAAGGGGCAGCCUGGGAUAAGGGAUAAUCCUUUUAAAAUAAGGGACAUCUGCUGAUGUUUAUUUUCCCCAGAUUGUUGUUGCAAGCUUCAAACUAUUUACAGUAAAGCUGCAACCCUUACAUGGGAGUAAGAGCUCCCUUGGAGCUCAAUGGAACUUUGACCCUGGUAAGUAAGAAUAACGUUUCGAUCCUAACUGGUCACAAAUAUCACAUUUUGUUUACUUGGGAUUACAGGUUGCAUCUUUAGUCCUCUUCUAAAUCUUUUGUUGCAAGUGAGUGUGUACCUGUGUACAGGCGGCCUGUAAAAAUGUUUCCUGCCUUGAUAGUUACUGAAAACAGAACCAGAUGAUGAUAAUUUGGAUGAGAAAGAAAUAUUUCUUCUUUAUCCCUCACCUGUGGACAGAAAUAACAAUACAUGCAAAAUCUUUCCCCUCUUUGUGGCUCCAUAGGUACAAGUUACAUUAUUAACGUGUGGCUGCACCCAUGUCUGUUUCAUUGCAUAUACAGAAACAUGUUGCCAGCUGGAACCUCCUCUAGCAUGCGCAUGGAGCAAAACUUGUGCAUCCACCACAUGUAUAUGCAUAAGACCAGUAGAAGACAAGUUAGUUAGUGUGACAGCAGCACACAAUCUGAAAAGUAUGACCCAGGGUGCAUUGCAGCAAAGUCAAAGAUGCUGGAGUACAUUUUUUUUUAAUAGAUUGCACAUUGUCUGGUUGGUAACUUCAGAAUAUUGCAGCCUUGGAACACACAUAAGGUACAUGUGAGUUUCAGUACAGAGGAUAUACCCAUGUAGAAUUUGUGCAUUUGUGAAAUAUGCCCCUUUCAAAAGGUGAGCCUGUAGCCUUUUAUUCUUAAAGCAGCCUUUGCCAACCUUGUGCCCUCCAGAUGUUUUGGACUACAACUCUUAUCAGUCCUAGGCUGGGGAUGAUGGGAGUUGCAGUCCAAAAUAUAUAGAGGGCACUAGAUUGGCAAAGGUUGACCUAGAAACUCCUUUCUCUGUUACAGAGUUUAAAAUGAAAUCUGGAGAAGAUAAUGAAUAGAUUGACAGGUGUAUGUAAAUGUUAGGUAGUUGUUUUGAGUAUGAGGUCUGCUGAGAUUUGUGACUACAGUGCUGAGUCUCUUUGCAUUCAGGUGCAUGGUGAUCUGUCCUGGGCAUUCUACACUAUUGACAGGUGCAUCUGCUGCUGCAGCACUGAUAGGGGACCUGAAAUAAUGUCAAGAUUGGUGUGUCUGCCAGGUUUUUCUGUAUUGCACCAAAAAGAAUUCUGAUAAUUUAAGAAGUACAGUUAAUACUUCCUUUAGGGAAACAGGAGCUGUCAGGGCUUUAGUUUAAGCUUGCCUGAAGUUUUAAAACCUGGGAAUCUUUCCCUUCAAUUCAGAUAAAGGAAGCAAGGCUGGCUCUGCUUACUCCGACUUCCCUUUUAACUGCAUUCUGCACAUGCUCAGGGGGUGUUCUUUUUCAGAUUCGUCACAUAUUCCCAGAAUGGGCCCUGUCAAUGAAACAAGUUUAUAGUCUAAACUAGGGUGGGGAACAUCAGACCUGGGGGUGAAAAGUGCCCCCCAAGCCUCUCUAUCUGGCCCUUGGGACUCUGCAGGCCACACACCCUCCCUAAACUCCCCCAGCCCUUGCUGGCUCUGCUUUGCAUCCUCCAUAAGCGUUUUUGUCUGGCAGGAUUAUGUUCUUGGAAGUAUGAUCAUACUGCUUACUUGCUUGCCUGGAUGAAGAGCAGAAAGGAUUGUAUAAAGGUUUAAUUUGCAUUCAUUGCUCCACCAUCUUUUGCUUCUGGCACCACCUACUACCGGCACCACCCACUACUGGCUUGUGGCUCUUUUGCUGGAAAAGAUUCUCCACUUCUGAUGUAAACCCUAGUGGUCACUUUCUCGGGUUAAGCCUGGGCAUAAUGUGUCCCGCUGCUUUGGAUCUACUAAUGUAUACAUUACCUAUGUCAGUUAUAUUUUAGGGAGAUUUCUGUUGGAGAGUGGACUAACAUCAGGCUCCUCAGUUAAUUCUGUAACGUCGAGAUCAAUCCCUUCCCCACAGCCAGAUAGUUCCUAACUGAGAUUGGUGCUAUUAUUUGCAGGGGGAGCAGCCAAUAAACAAUUUUCCCCAAAAUUAAAAAGUCAGUGCCCAAGCUAAAAUUUAACAACCCUAAUUCAGAACUAUUGAGGCUUUUCUCCCUGCAGGAUACUGGUGGAAAGGGGAAUCCCACAAUCCAAAGCACACGUAAUUCCAUGUUGGUCAUGAGUAACUAAGUGAGACUUAUUUCUGAGUAAACCUGUUUAGAAUCAGUCUGCAUUAACCCUUUUAAAUGCUAGAGGCAAUCUUUAGGUUGCAGAUAGGAUGUGCGCAUGAAGUUUAAGUGUUCUUCAAAACUCCCUGCAAAUUCACUUUCCAAUGGAAAAAGCUCCCAUCUAGCCCUCUGCCUGAUGUGCUAAUUUUCUUCAUGCAAGGAGGUUACAUGGGAAAGCAUUCAAAAAUACAAUCCCUUACGUGUAGUCAUCAGCAGUAUAGCCCUAAGAGGAUACUGUACUACUAUAUGAUAUAGAUCAGCCACUAAUGGUGCAAUCCUAAUCAUGGGCGCGAUCUUGUUCACUCACUCCGUGGCUGCAAGGAUUUGUGUGUGUGCAACAGCACUUCCCUUUCUCCUCCUGCCAUGAAUACCCUGUGCCCUCCCCAAAUCUGCUCUGGAGUGUUAAGGAAAUCUCAAGAGCAGAUUAGGGGGUUAGGCAGAGGAAAAGGAGUGAGUUUCAUUGUUGAAGCAGAAAUCAUUUUGUUUAUGGAGUGAAUCAGGUAGCACCACUUUAGAUACAAUCCCAUGCCUACUCAGAAAUAAGUCCUGUUCUAAGUACUGUAGACAUGGUAAUUGUUCCUUCAGACAUUGCAAUCAACAGUAGCAGGUGUAUGAUUGUUCACUGUAGGUAAUUCACAAAAUCAAGAUUCAGAGGUUGUUAUCACAAGGUAGUUAUCCAGAAUACUAUUUUCCAUCCACACAAGCAAAUAAUUCCAGACUAUUCUAGGCAUACCCCUUUGCUGUCCACUGAGUAUUCUAAAUAUCAGUGGUUAAGUUUGGGGCACCCAAAGAGAUAAUCCCACCUUAUUUUUUUAGUGAAAAAUACAACAUGAAAAAGAAGUGAGUCCAAAGUUUUUUCUAUUGUUGGGAGUGGUUGCUCUUUGUCAAAAAGUUUCAUCUGAUUUAUUGUAGUAGUCGUAAUAAUAAUAAUAAUCAUUUUAUUAUUUAUACCCCACCCAUGGCUGGGUUUCCUCACUGCAUCAGAACAUACUAAAACAUCAAACAUUAAAAACUUCCUGAUACAGGGCUGCCUUGAAAUGUCUUCUAAGAGUCAGAUAGUUGUUUAUUUCCUUGACACCUGAAGUGAGGGUGUUCUACAGAGAGGGCACCACUACUGAGAAGGCCCUCUGCCUGGUUCCCUGUAACCUUGCUUCUUGCAGUGAGGGAACUGCCAGAAGGCCCUUGGCACUGGAGCUCAGUGCCCAGGCUGAACGAUGGGGGUGGAGACACUCAUUCAGGAAUACUGAGCCAAUGCCGUUUAGGGCUUUAAAGGUCAGCACCAAAACUUUGAAUUGUGCUUGGAAACGCACUGGGAGCCAAUGAAGAUCCUUUAGGAUCGGCGUUACAUGGUCCAGUCAGCCACUCCCAGUCACCAGUCUAGCGGCCGCAUUCUGGAUUAGUUGUAGUUUCUGGGUCACCUUCAAAGGUAGCCCCACGUAGAUCACAUUGCAGUAGUCCAAAUGGGAGAUAACCAGAGCAUGUACCACUCUGGUGAGACAGUCUGCAGGCAGGUAAGGUCUCAGCCGGUGUACCAGGUGAAGCUGGUAGACAGCUGCCCUGGACACAGAACUGACCUGCGCCUCUAUGGACAGCUGUGAAUCCAAAAUGACUCCCAGGCUGCACACCUGGUCCUUCAGGGGCACAGUUACCCCAUUCAGGACCAGGGAGUCCUCCACACCUGCCUGCUCUGUCUCUCAAAUACUGUGCAGUCAGAAUUCAACCUCAAUCUGUUAUCCGCCGUCCAUCCUCCAGCUGCCACCAGACACUCACACAGGACCUUCACUGGUUCAGAUUUGAAGGAGAGGUAGAGCUGGGUAUCAUCUGCAUACUGAUGAACGCCCAGCCCAACCCCCCUGAUGCUCUCUCCCAGCAGCUUCAUAUAGAUGUUAAAAGCAUUGGGGAGAGGACAGAGCACUGAGGCACCCCACAAGUGAGAGCCCAGGGGUCUGAACACUCAUCCCCCAAUACCAAUUUCUGGACACGGCCCAGGAGGAAGGAGCAGUGCCCUCAGCUCCCAACUCCUCUAGACGGUCCAGAAGGAUGUCAUGAUCAAUGGUGUCAAAAACCGUUGAGAGAUCCAGCAGGACCAGGAAACAGCUUCCACCUCAGUCCCUGGCCCGCUGGAGAUCAUCGACCAGCACAACCAAGGCAGUUUUAGUCCGAUGAUGAGGCCUGAAUCCCGAUUGGAAGGGAUUCAAGCAGUCCACAUCCUCCAGGCAUGCCUAGGGUUGUUCAGUGACCACCCGCUCAAUCAUCUUACCCAAGAAUGGAAGAUUUGGUUGGCCAUAUUGGCCAGGUCCAAAGAUGUUUUUUUAAGAAGUGGUUUAAUAACCGCUUCUUUUAAGCAGGUCUGGGAAGACACCAUCGCAGAGGGAGGCAUUCACCACCCUGUGGAGCUCAUCGCCCAGCCCUUCCUUUUUAUGAGCCAAGAUGGACAAGGAUCAAGGAGACAGGUGGUCAGUUUCACUUGUCCAAGAAGCCUGUCCGCAUCCUUGGAGGUAACAGAUUGGAAUUGAUCUCACACAACUUGACAAGACAGGACUCUAGCACUCUCCUGCCCUGGCCCCACUACCACGGUGGAAUCUACGGUACCUCUUUCCGAAUCUGAGCAACUUUAUCUGUAAAACACUUUGCAAAAUCAUUGCAGGAGAUCUUGGGGUCCUCACUAGACCCCAAUGGUGAAGUUGGUUCCAUUAGAUUGCGGACCACCUGAAAGAGUCUCCUGCUGCUGUCUUCUGCAGAUGCAAUAGAGGUGGCAAAGGAGGUCUUCUUCGCUGUCGCUAUCGUCACUUGGUAGGCUUGACGUUGAGCUCUAACCUGUGUUUGGUCUGAUUCAGAAUGAGUUUUCCUUCACCAGCGCUUUAGCCAUCUCAGCAAUUGGUUCCUCUCCCUCAGCUCUGGGGAAAGCAACGGGGCCGUCCAGGCUCCAUGAAAUCGGAGGGAGCUUUGGAGCCAAACAGUCAAUAGCCCUGGUUAACUCCACAUUCCAGCAGGCCACCAGGAAAUCACCAGAAAGGCCAUCAACAUGCAAUAAACAUCCCUUACCACUCUUUGGAAACCGUUUGGAUCCAUUAAGUGGCAGGGGUGGGCCAUCCAAAUCGGUCCCAUCUCUCUGCAGAGGGUAAGGGUCACAGAGAAGUCCAGUUGCACCAGGAAGUGAUCCAACAAUGGCACUUCUUUUGAUUCACUUUUACUUAGUGUCAGAUCACCCAUGUCCAUAGAGGUGAACGCCAGGUGUAAGGCGUGUCCAGGGCUAUGAGUUGGGCCACACUUAUUCAGGGACAGCCCCAUGGAGGCCAUGCUUUCCAUGAAGUUCUGAGUGGCCCCUUGUAAAGCCGUGUUGGUAUGGAUGUUUAAAUCCCCAGGACAACCAAACUAGAUGUCUCUAAGCAGGCUUUAUAGCAUUGCCCCAGCAGCUGGACCAGGCCCAGCUGGGGCAGCAACUGUUCCCACUUGCCUGCCCAGGGACCUGGUCUCUGCAGUCCUCUCUGCAGUCCUCUUCACUUCUGUAGCAGCAGCAGCCGUCCUCCAAGUGGGGGAGACAGCAGUCUCCCCAACAGCUGCCGCCACCACCACCACAACAACAACAGGAGUCUCUGGGUGGGGAAGAUGGCAGUCCCCCCCUCCAACAGCUGCAGCAGCAGUUAUCCCUGGAUAACUGGUUGCAUAGAUAAGAAAGUGCUUUUGAGGUUAUUACUGUUGUGUUGCAACUUCAAGGUCUCAUGGUAAUUUUGAAUGUCAUGUUGUUUCCCCCUUAUGCUGAUUCUUACCCACAGUUUCCUCAUUAUGCUAUCCCAGCACAGAGGUGCGUUAGUCUACCCUGCAGCCUCAGCCUCUUCCUGCUAGGUGUGGUGUCAGUUGUGGUUCAUCAUGAAAAGAUUUGCAGCCGUUCCCCAGUUGGCAUUCGCUCUGCUUCCCCAUCUCAGCUUUAAUUCUCUUUUUUUAUUUUUUUUUAUUGCAGAACAUUAUUGUUUCUGAUUUAUACAAAUCUGUUCUAUUUGCUUUGGGGAAAAUUUGUUCCUCUUUGAAGAGGUACAGUUUGGCAUGAGAUAAGACCACGCUGAUACCACACCCAAGCUGAUUACAGCUGUAAACUGAAAACAUUGUUUUCAGGAUGAUGUUUCGGCCGUGGGGGGUGCCUCAUGCCACAUUGCAGCUCUGAAAGUCAAAUGCAGGUCAGGAUGGAAAUUAACCUUUCCUUUCCACACAGUGGGGGCCAGAAGCACAGCCCUCGAUUCAUAGCACUAGGUGGGAGUCAUGGGAAAACACAGCAGAUUGUGAGCAUGAGCACAAUUUUCUCUGGUGAUGCAUUAUGGAUGUUUGUGCUGCUAGGGAUUGUAGAUAUGAAAUAACACCUGCCGUGUGUUUUGUCCAGGGAUACUUCUCACAGUUUCUACUCUUCUUUCCCAUCCCUCCUUCCUUCUGAUUCAGUGAAUCCAGGUCUACCCCAGGUACCAAGUAUUCAUGUGAUGACAAUGGUCAUUUUUUGUUGCAUAUGACUUUGCUGCUUGUCAAGAGAAGACCAAUCACAUUGUGGUCUGGGAGGCAGGUAUACCUGUGUAUUCUAGUAGGCAGGAAUAGUAUGAGGUACAUCAGAGGAGGUUUAUUUAAAGUUAGGCUUUCUUAUUGGAGGCUACAAAACAGUAAAGUAGAACAUUCUUGCCAUCAACUCUAGCAUGUGAGGGGGCAGUUUAAUUAAAUUAUAUACAGUCGUACCUUGUAUCCCGAACGCCUUGCAAGUCGAUUGUUUUGGCACCUGAACGUCACAAACCCAGAGGUGAAUUUUCCAGUUUGCAAACGUUCUUUGGAACCUGAACGUCCGACGGGGCUUCCACGGCUUCUGAUUGGCUGCAGGAGCUUGGUUUCCAAACAUUUUGGAAGUCAAACGGACUUCCGGAAUGGAUUCCGUUCAACUUCCGAGGUACCACUGGUGAUAGGAGUGGAAGUAAUUUGGAAGUGGAGUAGGAGGACAUGGUGAAGGAAGACAUGAAUAAUUGCAUUAAUCGGAUGAAAUUGAUGUUGUUAUAAUGAGGCUGCUAUUGGAACGAUAUUGGAAAAUCAAUAAAAAUAUAUAUUUUUAAGAACAUUCUCGCCAUUUUGCAUGGAUAAUCUACAGAAUGGAUUUUCAUGUUAUACUUCUAUAAUAAGGGCAAUGCAGAUCAACAGAGAAAUGCAGGUGUGGUGGGUUAUUUUCCUCACCAUUGUUGAAACUUCCCUUGCCUGGCCCAGGGCUCCAUCAUUGCAGAAGAUCUUUUAGAUAGAUCACUUGAAGAACAGAGGGUGCAGUUUUCCUUCCCAUUGCAGAAAUGAGCCAGGCAGGAAAGGUUUAAACCUCUCCUCUCAACCUGGUGCUGCGGUGUUACUCACACUGUUGCUUUGGUUUGGAGUGCCUUUGGGAUUGGACCUGGCCUAUGAGUUAAGAGGUUCACCACUCAUGAAGUCGUAAAAAGAGCUUGCUGGGUCAGGCCAAUGGACCAUCCAGCCCAGCAAUUCUCUUCUCACAGUGGCCAACCUGAUGUCUAUGGGAAGCCCACAAGUGUGACCUGAGAGCAGGAGCACUCUUGCCUCCUGCAGUUUCCAACACCUGGCACUCGCAGUCAGAAGGAUACUGCCUUCAGCGUGAAGAUAGCCAUUGUGUUGGUAGCCCUUGGAAGCCUUUACCUCUUUCAAAGCUGUCCCAAGUUGGUGGUCAUCGCUGCCUCCUGUGGGAGUGAAGAAGUACCGUACAUUCUUUUCUGACCUGAAUCGUCCAAUGUUCGGUUUCAUUGGAUGUCCACAAGUUCCAGUGUAAGGGAGGAGAAGAAGAAAAUUUCUCUGUCCACUUUCUCUGUGCUGUGCCUAAUGUUCUACACUUGUUUCAUAUCACCUCAUACUGGCCUUAACUAAAAAUCUCCAUAUGGUGGGCAACCUUUCCUGAUAGAGUUUCUUCAUCUCCUUGAUCAGUUUGGUUGCUAUUUUCUGAACCUUUCCAACUCUAUAAAGAUGCUUUCUGGGUGAGAUAACCAGAAAUGUAUACAGUAUUUCAAAUGCAGUCGCACCAGAGAUUUGUGUAAUAGCUUUUUAAGACAGUGGUUUACAACCAGUGUGCUGUGGCACUUUGGGGUGCCUUGAAUGGUGGCCAGGAUUGUUCUUAAUUGUGUCUUGGAGCAGCACUGCCUCUGCUUGCUGCUCCAAUCCUGUUAUUCCAGUGUUUGGCUUACAGGUUUCUAAUCAGACUUACCGUAUUUUUCGUUCUAUAGGACGCACCGGGCCAUAGGACGCACCUCGUUUUUUGGGGGGGGGGAAAUGAAUAAAAAAAAUUAUCCCCCCCGCCGCGGCUGCCGCCCCAAGCCUCGCGUGCUUCGGGCUGCAGGCUACCGCCCCAAGCCUCGCGCUCGGCGGGACCUCCCACCGGGCGCGCGAGGCUUGCAGACACUCGCCCGAAGCACGGGGAGCCCUCCGGAGGGCUCCCGUGCUUCGGGCGACAUGCUGCAGCCCCAAGCCUUGCGCGCUCGGCGGGACCUCCUGCCUGGCGCGCAAGGCUUGCAGACACUCGCCCGAAGCACGGGGAGCCCUCCGGGCGACAAGCUGCAGCCCCAAGCCUUGCGCGCUCGGCGGGACCUCCUGCCGGGCGCGCAAGGCUGCAGACACUCGCCCGAAGCACGGGAGCCCUCCGGAGGGCUCCCCGUGCUUCGGCGACAGGCUGCAGCCCCAAGCCUCGCGCGCUCGGCGGGACCUCCUGCCGGGCGCGCAAGGCUUGCAGACACUCGCCCGAGCACGGGAGCCCUCCGGAGGGCUCCCCGUGCUUCGGGCGACAGGCUGCCGCCCCAAGCCUCGCGCGCUCGGCGGGACCUCCUGCCGGGCGCGCAAGGCUUGCGGACACUCGCCGGGGCUGCAGGCUGCUGCCUGCAAGCCUUGUGAGCCCGCGGGAACUCCCACCGGGCUUGCAAGGCUUGCGGAUAGCUCCUGAAGCCUGGAGAGCGAGAGGGGUCGGUGCGCACCGAUGCCUCUCGCUCUCCAGGCUUCAGCGAAAGCCUGCAUUCGCUCCAUAGGACGCACACACAUUUCCCCUUCAUUUUUGGAGGGGAAAAAGUGCGUCCUAUGGAGCGAAAAAUACGGUAUUUUUAAUAAGUUCAUUGUCUUCAGCAUUGUUUCCUCUGAGCAUAGGCUGUCCUGGAAAAUCCUAUAGAUGGAUAUUAAAUUUGGUGAUGGGGGUGGAAGUAAUUUGGAAGUGGAGUGGGAGGACAUGGUGAAAGAAGACAUGUGCUAAUUACUUCCAUAAAAUAACAGUUUCUCUUUAUACUGUUCAUAUGGUUUGUUUGGUUUUUUAAUGUACUUUUGGUGGUGGUGGCUGUUUUGGGUUUUCAUUUUGAAAGGAAGAUGGGAUGUAAAGUGGGAAAAGGAGUAAGUUUAGUAAAGGAAGCCAUUCCCUUUGAGCUGGUAGGCAGGAUGGAAUUUACUAAUUACCAGGACUGAUUACAAAGAAUUGUCAACAGCCAACAGCCGGCCUGAUUGAUUAGUCACAUAAAACCACUGAGUUAGAAGCACAUGAAAGGAUUAAUUCUCACGGAAGGAUAGUUGCCAGUUUAAGCCAGAUGGUAACACAGUUUUGUUUAUUUUUUCAGCUUCGUGUUGUGGGUUCACAACAUUUUUGAUGAGUUACACUUUCUCCCCAGCCACCCCUGAAUUAAAAUUGAAGGCACAUUUCACCCUUACAUUGCAGAAGAUUUAUUUUAGAUUAUACAGGCGACAACCAUUCUGUGCAGGGGUUCCGUUCCUGUACCCUGUGUGCAUCGGCAUAGCUUGUAUAAGUGCCCUCCCCAUCCCAUUUUGCCCCCGUUCUUCCUUCCUCCGGGUCCAACCCGUGUGUCUGCAAUUACGCGUCAAUUUGAUGCAUCUAAAAUGGUCGUGCCUGUAUAAGAAUAAAGGUUAUCCACCCUCAGCAUUGUUUCUGUAUGAGUUCCUGUUGUAGGCAUUACUUUUGACUUGAAGAACAAUGAUAUAGGGUCAUCUUCUCUGAGGCUGGAUUAAUCUGCUAUGUGCCUGCAUCAUGAGUGUCUGAAUGAGCAGGUACACCUGAUGGUAGAGGCGUGGUUGAAUCACCAUGCCCCCGCAACAAACUGCUUGGAAAAAGACCAGGCCCCAGCAAUAAAUAAUAGGCAGGAAACUGAUAACCUCUUAGGUAGGUACUUGGGUCUCUCGAGACCCCUUGUUUUGACUGAUUUAUCUCUCACAGCAUCUCGUUCUCUCAUCACCAUAGCACACAGUUUUCAGAAUGUCUGUUUUUAACGAGUGCUACUAAAGCUUUCUAGCUUUAUGGCGCUGCUGGAGACCACCCGAGCCAUAAGCAAAGCAGGUAGUGCAGAUGUCAUUGCCACUUCUGACCAAGUGGAAGGUGGGAAAGCUUGGGUUUUUCCAUUGCUCAGUCAACCUACUUUUCCAUGAGAGAAUGGAUGGGGUGCGCUUAAAACAGGUGUAAUAAUUCAUCAUAUAUGUGACCUGCUGAAUCCCAGUCCAGUGCUGGCUGAGCUCCAGUCCAGUAAAGCAUCCUUUGUUAAGUAUCCUGUCAUGGGGCGUUACAAUAGGGAUGGUCCUCCCAGCUAGGAAUUAUUCACUAAUGGUGUUCUAGGACUAUUAGAGAUUACCGUAUUUUUUGCACCAUAACACUCACUUUUUUCCUCCUAGAAAGUAAGGGGAAGUGUCUGUGCGUGUUAUGGAGUGAAUGCCUACGGAUGGCGGGGGGAUCUGCUGCAGUCGUGAGCAGAGGAUCCAUGGUUCCCCUUCCUUCCCUCCUCCGUGGCUCACUUUGAAACAGCAAAGCGGGAGAAGAGCCAUUGAGUGGGGAGGAGAGAGGGACAGAGAGCCUGCUUGCUUUAAAGGAGCAAAGCAGGAGAGGAGAGGAGCCACUUACAUGAGUGUAAGCGGCUCCUGUCCGGUUGGCUCCUUUAAAGCAAGCAGGCUCUCUGUCCCUCUCUCCUCCCCACUCAGCUGGCUAAAUAGCAGCAAAGUUUUUCAGCGAGCUGGGGAGGAGGGAGAGAAGCAGAGCCUGCUUGCUUCUCCUCUUAUACCCCUCUUCUGCAUUAUUAACAGCAUCCUUCUCCACCCACCCCACACGUGUUCCUUGUCCCUUGAGUGCUUUUCCUUCCCUCCCCACUUAAAACAUGGUUACAAAGCACGGAUCCACAUGGAUCCUCAGGAUUUUUGCACUGGGUCACCCCAAAUUCACCAUCAGAUCACAUAGCAUGUCCAUGGCUACAGCUUGCACCAAAAAAAUCACGCACCCACUGUUGCCUGGGGCUGCAGUGGUGCAAAAACGUGGUUACAAAGUAUGGAUCCACAUGGAUCCUCAGGAUUUUUGCAUUGGGCUACCUCAAACUCACCGUCAGAUCACAUGUCUGUGGCCACAGCAUGAACCACAAAAAUCAUACAUCCACUGUUUCAUUUAGAAUAUUUUUUUUCUUGUUUUCCUCCUCUAAAAACUAUGUGCGUGUUAUGGUCGGGGCGUGUUAUAGAGCAAAAAAUACGGUAAUUAUUUCCCCUUCCAGCUAUUCAAAUACCAUAAACUAUGGUGGGGGAAAGCACAAGCUGUUUAAAAUUGUUCUUUUAAUUUGUAUUUUUUUCUUUUGGACCCAUGAUGGUGUUUAUAGGUGAGGACCCAGGGUAGCAAGGCUGGUCUUACCCGUAUGUUAUGAUUACAAUGUGCAAGCUGUUUCAAGUGUGGAUCCCCCUUGCUCACGACAUGGACUCUCUUCACACAAUGGCAGUGAUCCACCUGGCAACCUGUUGUACGCAUUACAGAUGCCGCGUAAAAAAAGCUGUCAACUGAAAGCUGUCUCAAGUGACUGUCAUGUGACAAUUGUACUAAGUCAACAGUUGCCUUCAUGUUUUGUGGGUGGUCAAGGUGUAUGGAGCUUUUAGUUUUGAUCCAAGGCCCCAUCCUGCAGAAAUCCACUUGCAGAGAGAAUGGGCGUUAUGUGCUGUAGUGUCCUGAAUUCAUAACUGAAAAAGCUUUGAAGCAAAACAGAUGUAGGGAGAUAAGUGAGGUUUUUAUUCUAUUCAAAUCUCUCAACAAUUUGCUGAGCAAGAUUGCAUCUCUUGAAUGCCUGUUGAAUAUGCAUUUUGUGGUGCAAGGUUCUUCUCACCUGCAUGAUUACACCACCUUCUUUGCAUGAUAAUGCCCUCCUGGUGAAAUCAAGCCGGGCUUCGUUUUUACAUGUUAAAAUGUACUGGACUUGGAGAGAGAUGUGAUAUACAGCUAGACAAACCUUACAUGGUUAUUUCUUGGAAUCCAGAGAAAGAGCAGUCUCCCAUGCCUUUUAUUCCUUAGCUAGCACUUUAAAGAUUAACAACUGUAUUAUGACGUAAUUUGUGUUUUUUUCAUCAGAUGAAUGAAGUGUAAUCCUAAAUUAGCAAGUGGAGGGGGGAUGUAGAGGAGUGAGAUCAGAGAGAAAUUAAACACAAAAAGAACAGACACUGGAAAUUACCUGAAAGCAAAAUUCUUAGGGUCAUCAGUCAACAAAGCACUAUUGGUGAUGCUGGCAUUGGUAAACUAGUUAACAAAAACAGCAUGGUGACCAGUCUUGAUUACAGCCACAGCUGGUAGAAUUUAAUUGUCUGAUAAAAUGUAUUUCAGUGGUUUGCUGCUGAAGUUUCUCUUCCCUUCAAAGUUCCUUUAUUCAAUAUGGCCAUCUUAGAAAGUGCCCUGGUGGGGUUACAUUUUAGGCUUUUGCUUCAUGCAGUCUGGUGGAGCAGACUGUGGUUCACAAAACAAAUCUACUGUAGUAGAUAUGUUGGUCUUUAUGGGUGCCACAAGACUGUUGUUUUUUGUACGACAGACUUUGGCUGUUAAAAUGUCAUACAUCUAAAACAUAUUCCCCGUCCCCAAGAAUCCUGGGAACUGUAGCUUAAGGGUGCUGAAGUGUAGCUCUGGUGGGGCAAACAGUUCCCAGGAUUGUUUAGGGGAUGUGUGUAUACGCAGCCUAACAUGACUACCCUUCUGGAAACUCCUAAGUUAUCUGUGCUACUACUACAUUCUGGGAAGUAAGGUGCUGGGAACCAGCAAAAUCUGAACUUUUUGUUUUCCCUCCUGUUUGCUAGCUAAUUUGCUGAGUUAAUUAUUGACCCAAGUGCGCAGCAGCAUAACCCGAGCUCUCUGCACUAAUUACAUUGGAAGAGGCAGCUCUGAGCCAACGACAGGCAUGUGUGGCUAGACCCGAGAAAAAUAACAGCCUGCUUAUUAGGCCAAGGGAUUUCAGUUUGAGGCUGAAGCUGAAAGUUUGCAGCUUGGCUCUUCCAUUCUCUAAGCUGCAGUUCGCUCCUUCAGGUGCCUAGUUGCCCAGUGUGCUUCUGUGAAUAGUGUUGAAAAAGGCAAGAGUAAUGGUAUAACUAACAGGACUGUAAAGGUAAAUUUGUGCAAAGUUGUUUUCAGUCUUAUGUAAGAUAACAAAAGAGGUCAGGAAAUAUUUUUAUUAAAGUACAAAGCACUUGGUGUGUGUGUGGUUAAACUAUAAAAUAGACUUUCUAGAACCCCUCUGUGUGUCGCUCAGCGAAAUGUCCCUUAAACAACCUUCUGCAUGAAACAAGCGCUCCAGCAGUUUGUUGCCUACAAUUUCCAUCCUUCUUGACCAUUGGCCACGCUGGCUGGGACUGAUGAGAAUUGGGAGUCCAACAUUCAUCUGGAGGGCCGCAGGCUGUGGAAGGCUGUCUUUAUAUCAGACAGAACUCCUGUGUGUCUGUCUUUCUGACUGAACAAGGAAUUUUGUGCUAGUUAGACAGAAGGAGCUUUCACAUCCCUGCAUGCUGAAACAGUAUCCUUGUUGUUGUAUAUAUGAUCUUGUCACCUCCUUCCACUCUUUUUCUAAAAGCAUAGCUGCUGAUCAUUCAUCAUGACUCUGUUGCAUCUAACUAACCCUUCCCCAGCCCCCAUCCAGAAUCAUCUCUUUUCUCUCUCUCCUUCAUUUGGAGCUGGGACAGGAAAUCUAGCUGGAGAGUGUUAGACUCUGGGAAGACAUCCAAGCAAUCACAGCAGUUGAACUGAGCCAUCAAACUGCAAUCUCUCUUUUGUUUUGGAAACAGAUACACGGGAGGAAGGAAAUGAGCAAGUUCUGGAAAAGAGAACUGGGAGAUGAGUCCACUUCUUUCCAUGGUGUAACCAUUAACCAGGAAAGCUACCCAGUGUAAGCCCCCAGUGCCCCAAGCUUCAGGGAAUGAUUAACACUGCAGGUUUGUAAGGGUGUGGAGGGGAAAAAUAUUCCCCCCCCCCACAGAGGGGAAGAAUAGAUUACAGCUCAUCCUAAUGCCCGAAGUCAAAGUGUGCCUAUCUCCCGAAAAUGAAUUUAUGGGCAGCAGCAACAUACUUGGCUUGCAAUUAUGGCAGCACUAGAGAAAAUACAGCACAGUUCGCUCUGACUCACACAACCUUUUUGAGAAGAUUCUAUGGCAGCGUCAUCUGAAUUAGCACAGUCACAGUGUUGAUAGGUUUGCUACACACCCAGAUGCCAGCAUACAUAUCAGCAACUGUAUAACAUUUUGCACACAAUGGUAAUGGAUUAUGCUGGUGAUCUGGGCAUGUGCCAAGCAUAUGAAGGCAACCAGUCACAACACGAACAUUAAAAGUGUGUUGAUUGAAAUUUCUAUCCCGCCUCUCAAAUCCCUGAGGAGGCUUAAAGACCAAAUAAAAAUAAUUGCAGCAAAUUGGCGGUAUUGAAACCCUAAAGUAGCAAAAUUAAAACCGCAGCUAGAUUUCCAAAGGCUUGCCUAAAAUGGCAGGCUUUGCAAAGCAUUAGGCCUAGUUAAGAAAAGCAACAAAUGUUCCUGGACUUUACCAUUUCAGACUGUAGGCAGGGGAUGCCGGAGAGACAAAUUCCAGCUUAGCCUUCUCUCACAUCCCAACCCCCAAAACAGAAAAGCAUUCAACCAUCCAAUUUCCCUUCCACAAUCUGAAGUGCUACAGGUCUGCUAUAGUUUUGCACUUCAUUGGUUGCUUGUGUAAACUAUUUGGCUUUAGAUCAAGGGGGUAGGGGAGAGGUUUUAACACUUAUCAUAAAGAAAAGUUAUCAAGGUUUGAGCCAAACUUUCAGCAGUUUUUAACACCCUUUUUUCUUUUUAAAUAAUUCUUUUUUAAAAAAAAUUUCUUGGAUUACAAAAGUACAUACAGCAUCUCUGUUUUCCACUUCUGAGGGUCCUUUUUCAGAAAAACAGAACCCUUAUAUUUUGAUGUAACAGUGCCAUCUAGAGUGUCUGGGGUUUCAAACUAAGGUAGCAGAUGGAAAAAAGGACAGGGGCUUCUGCACCUUGUAAGAGCUGGGGAAAACUGACAAGCCACCUCUGCUGGAAUUCUGUCUUCUACACAACUGUUAAAGUUCACCUGGUAACCCUCUUUAGAACCCCUGCAAGGAAUUCCUAAAUGGACCAAUAUCAUGGAUUUUAUUUCCAAUACAGUACAUCUUUCUAGUGAAAUGCUUUUCAUACAACAUCUCAGCUGGUCUACACUGGCUAGUUGUUCUGUAAUGGAAGUUCAGAGCUAUUAAGAAAAUGGAACCCGCAUCUUUCUGAUUGGCUACUUAUACCAACGACAUCAGAGACAGAGAGCUUCUUUCUCUAUUGGUUCACACCAGUGGUUGCGUGUGAGGAAGGGAGGCAUAGGCAGUUGGGUCUUUGCUGGUGGCCACCACUACUCCAGUCCGUCCGUCCCCCUUCCCAUGUCACAGCCACCUCAUCCUGCUCCAUCGCCAUCUCAACAAAUGUAACAGAACUACUGCAAGAAAGAUGCUACUGCCUCUGCCCAGUCCUGUCACAAUUCACUGCUGGCUCAUACCACAUUCUUUCUAAGGAAAUAGGUCUCAACUUCCUAUAAAUGUGUGAAGUAUUUUCUUAGUUGCCUUUUCUCCUUGGAGCUACCCAAAGACCAAAGAUGCUCUGUAGGGACUUGCACUCUUUCUCUGAACAUGUUUUCUGCAUCUUUUUUUAGCAUUCAUCUCAGGGUCUCAACACUACUCAAGUAGAUAAAACCCAAGACACUGCUUAAGGUGGUAAAAUGCAGCUCAGUCAUAUUGGUCUUUUUAUUUUGAAAAUCUGUGUGUGACUUGUUGCCUUCAUUUCCCCCCAGUUAGCAUUCUUACAGCACACAUGACCAAGUCCAACAGGUGAUACAAAAAUGACAACAGCACCUGAACUCUAACCCCUUGCUAGUUAUGGAAGCAAAUCUCCAAAAUUUUGUGCAGCACUUGGGAGGAUCCCGGUUCCAGGAGCCCAUGCAGCGCAGUGUUCUUCUGGAUAUAGCAAUAUUUUGGCUGUGCUCUUAUUUUUGUACUGCAUUAACUCCCUGCCUCUUACUGUACACCAAAUGAUCCUGCUAUAGUUUUAAUGCUCCUAAAGUUCUCAGUGAUGCUUCCCAUUGAACGGAUGGAUGACCGAGAUGAUCACAGUUAUUGGUGACUUUGCUAUGUGCAUUUGGGGAGUCUAUCCAAGAGGGGCCCAGUCACUUCACACAGGCACUUCUUUUCCAGCGCUUCCGUUCUGCUGAUGUCUCAACCAAGCCCUACUUGGUCCCAGAGAGAGAAGGCUCCAUGCGGUGGAACACUGGCAUACCUACUACCUGCUUCAUCUUCAGACAGUGAUUCUGGCUGCGCCCUGGAAGAUUACUCGGGGCCUGUCACGGAAAUUCCCCCAGCAGAGGUAAGGCAGAACUUGAUGAUAUAUUUAUGUGGAAGACUGUUCUAAAUGUUGCAAUAGUUUUUCCUGGGAAUCUCAUGGCAAGUUUGCCUUUUCUCCAUUUUCAUCACUUCUAAUUGCUGACAAUGGCAAGGCUGCUGUUGAUUAUUAUUUUACUUCCCUCUGGGGUUAGAAACCAAAAGCACCCAGGGCAAUUCCAGACAACCUUUUUUAUUGAGCAUUCAUCUUGAUUUGUUUCCAGGUAGAUUAGACCAGGGGUCAGCAACACUUUUCAGCCAUGGGCCGGUCCACCGUCCCUCAGACCAUGUGGUGGGCCGGACUAUAUUUUGAAGGGGGGGAAAUGAAUGAAUUCCUAUGCCCCACAAAUAACCCAGAGAUGCAUUUUAAAUAAAAGGACACAUUCUACUCAUGUAAAAACAUGCUGAUUCCGCGGGCUGGAUUUAGAAGGCGAUUGGGCCGGAUCCUGCCCCCGGGCUUUAGGUUGCCUACCCCUGGAUUAGACAAUGUUGUCUAUUUAAUGAGCGUAUUCCUUCUUAUAUGUCUGUGGGAAGGUUAGAUGACAUUGCGUCAAAACAAGUUGUUGUUCCACACUUUCCACUGCCUGUCCUCAUCACCUUUCCUCAUUCCCUUGUUACUAAAAGUCCAUUCUUUUGGUUAGGUUGCACAAAACUCCCAAUCAACUCUAAUUGUGCAAUCUGAAUUUGAUGGUAUGUGAUUCAGCUCCACUCCAAAGCAGCAACAGCUUGGAAGUACCCCCAGAUCUGUUCCAUCAGUGCUGUGGCAUACCCUACCUUUUCUGGGUUCUGAUUCCAUGGAAAGAAGAAGAGUUGUGGGUAGGGCAGUCAAAAACAGCAGAGCAAAUUUGGCUGUCUAUUGCUGCUUUCCCAAGUACAAAUGCAGCAGAGAAAGGUUAGCUUUUGAGAAACACAGCCUUUUGGGGGAUAGGUUUCUAUGCUGUAAAUGCAUGCUAAUGCAGACGAAUGCUAAGCCAGCUCUCCUCUCCUUAUUCUGCCAGUUCCUUUUCAUUAGUCCUUCAGCAGGAGACCCAGUUCCAUUGGGCUUUACCCUUUCCCACGGGAAACGUCUCAGAUCUCCAGCCAACUCUGCCAGGGGGAGGGUUGUGAGGGAAGACAGCGGUGCAAGCAGGCAUUGUUCCCUAAACUCAUAGGUAAAACACAACUCCAUCUCUGCUUCUCAAUCUUGUUUGCUUUUGCAGGUGUCACCAAACUUUGACUCUCACUCAUCAGAUGCAGUCCCUGUUGCCACCCAGAACCAGCUCCGCAUCAAAGCUCUCCUUCAGCAGCUGCCCCCGCAAGACUGCGAUGUAAGAUUCCCAUUCUUACAUUCUGUCUUCAUUAGGCAAUCUUGCCUUGGUUGGAAAAAACUGAUUAAAACUCUACUCUUUUCCAGACCACAAAUAGUUGGGUACUCAUUUUAUGCACUAAUAAAUGUUAACACAGCCAGUGCCUCUAAAGUGGUUUGGGACAGAUUUGUGCUCUUAUUUAUAGUCUUGGAACCACACUGUAAUUCUAAUUAAAGUCUAACCACAUAGCUUCAUACUUAUUCUAUGGAAGUACUGCAAAAGAAGCCCCUUUAUAAGUGAAGGUAAAAGUGUAACAUUGGUUCAGUUCAAAUCUUCUACCUUCAUUUCCUUCCUCUAAUGGAAUAAGACAGGUAAAGGGUGCUACUGGGAAGGAAGAACAGGAAACGAAGACUGACUUAUUUAGCCCUUGCUAUUUGUUCCCAAAAUUUAGCAUUCAGAAAUUUAGAGACUGUGUACUUGUUUCUGCACUUGCUGAUCCCCUUGGGUAACAUACAUAUUCCUAUCACAAAUUCUUUGUUGCCUCAAAAGUUUUGUAGCUCUAAUGACAUACUAGGACCAGUAAGCCAGAGUUUGCUAUAAAUACUGUACUAAUGGAAGGCUUUAUAAGACACACCAAUUAGGAAGCUAGACAGAACAGCUACAGGAAAAUCCUGACUCCACCUGUCAGAGUCUGCUGCCACCUAGUGACUGGACCAUGCAGUGACACUGUCCACACAAAUAAGUUCUCCUUGCACUCUGUUUGAAAGACUGGCUCAAUUAAAUCCAAUAGUGCAAUGCCUUUGUUCUUUUAAAAUCUUAGUGUAAAGAUAUAUGUGAUGGACAAAAACAUUCCAAGGCACUAAGGAAAGUCAGUUAGCCUGCAGUCAUAUUCAACAUACUUGUUAGAAGUCAGUCCCAUUGAGCACUGUGGGGCUUGCUGAAUAGACACGUGCAGCAUUGCAUGUGUUAAGAGUUGGGUGACAGUUGUCUACGGUAUCAGGAUUUACUAUUAGAAAUAAAGUAGAAUUUAUUUUGUUAUGUACUGAAGUUCUCACCCUGGGCCAGCGGGGGAUACUGUAGAUAGUUUUCACUCAGGUCCACAUAUGCAAAUAAGGGAUCGAAAGUGACGUUCAAUGAUUGGAUAGUUACAGAGAAUGGUUACUGUUGCGUUCUAGUGGAGCUCUAGCUAAGCAGGCUGGCUGAACCCUUCAGUUCAGUUCUGUUCUGGCCUGUGAAUAAACAAGAGCUGUUUGAAGAAUCACUGUGUCAUCUGAUAUGUUCACCGACAGCUUAACAUAUUUGAUGUCCAGUUCUUCUGAAAUCAAUUGUGGAUUGUUUGAUAGCAGCUGUCUGCCUGGAGAAAAUCUGAAUGCUCUUUUGGGUCUUGACACAAUCUUGUGCUUUUAUUUAAGGCAAGAUAUUGCCCAUCCAUUGGUGAGGAGGAAAGGGAGCGGCUACGGAUAUUUGCUUCACAGCGACGGCAGGAAUCCCUGGGACAGGGAGUCACAUGCCUGGUGCCCCCCACAACUCACGGGUGCUUUUGUAAAAAGGUGAGCCAUCCUUUCUUUAAAACUGGACACUAGUGUUCUCAUGGCUGAGAUGCCUAAGUCUAAGAUCUGGGUUUGCUUUCCCCUGGCUAAGCAUAAGAACUAGAGAAGAUUGACGCUACACACAUGUUUUCUAUGGAUUGCCAUUUGCUCCAGUUGAGCUGAGUGGGUUUUAGUGGGGAAAGGUCCAAAGCUGUAAGCUGCCCAGAAAUGCUGUAUACCACCCAGAGUGGCUGAGGAAACCCAACCAGAUGAGUGGGGUAUAAAUAAUAAAAUUAUUUUUAAUUAUUAUUAUUAUGCAAAGGGGGGCUCUUGGAUGCAGAGCUUUAAAGUGCGGACUGUGCCAGGAAAGGUAACUGUGGAUAAGCCUUUUAUUAUGUAUUAAUUUUCACUGGUGUCAGGAACCUUGGAAGCCUGUUGUGAGGCAGAAAGACACAAUAUUUAAUGAAAUCCUUUUUCACAAAAAAUUGUUGAAACGAAAAAGUUGAUUUCCCUCUCCCCCCUCCCCAAAAGGCGAAUAAGAGGGUAUCACAUGUCCAUGAAGAUCACAACCUGGGUUGUGGGUAGCCAGCAAUAUUGUAUUGCAGGAAGAGCAGAUAAAGAUGCACCAUAGAUAAAAAGGUCCUUUCUGCUUGCUUUACAGUGUGGUAAGAGGUUGAUCAGAGGUGAAAAAGGUGUUUAUGCACCUAAGCUGGGAGACCAGAGCUACUGGCAUCCUGCCUGUUUUGUCUGUCACACCUGCCACCAGCCCCUAGUAGAUCUCAUCUACUUCCAGCGAGAUGGGAAGAUCUAUUGUGGCCGGCACCACGCAGAAUUCUUCCGCCCACGCUGUGCUUCAUGUGAUCAAGUAGGUAUACGCAUAUAAAAACACUUGGGGUCUUGUGUCAAUUCCUAAUCUCUGCUUGAAACUAUUGAUCUUAAUCUACCACCUUCUUCUUUUUUUAAAUGAUAUUUAUUAAGGUUUCAAAAAAAGGUUACAUUGAUAAGAAAAAGAAAAAUAGAGAAAAGAAAAAUACAAAAUACAAAAAAAAACAAUUAAAAACAAUUCCAUCUUUUCAUCACUUAUCUUUCAUUUACUUGUUUCCCGGACCUCCUCAUGCCUCCCUUUUUUGUAUUCCGGUUCAAUUUAUUAGUUCAGCAAUUCCUUUCCCCCUUAUUUUAUCCUGAUCUUUAAUCUUAAUAUAUUAUAGCAUUAAGUUUUGACCUAUUGAAAAUCCAAUUUUUCCAUAUUCUUUUAUACCAUUACAGCUAGAAACCACUUAACUUCAAUCCAACAUCAUAAUCUACCACCUUCAAUCUGGUUAGGACUUGCAAUGAAAGAUUGAAAACUUCAUAGGGAUUGCAAGAUUUCUUUCUAGAGAAUCAGCAGUUACCUUAUUUAUAAUCUCCACCUAUCCACAAUGAGGUGGUUCUCUCUGUAGUAAGGUAAAGGACCCCUGGACAGUUAAGCCCAGUCAAGGGUGACUAUGGGGUUGUGGCGCUCAUCUCACUUCAGGCCAAGGGAGCUGGCGCUUGUCCAGACAGUUUUCCGAGUCAUGUGGCCAGCAUGGCUAAACUGUUUCUGGCACAACGGGACAUCGUAACAAGUGCCAGAGCACGGAAACACCAUUUAGCUUCCCGCCUAUUUAUCUACUUGCACUGGUGUGCUUUCAAACUGCUGGGUUGGCAGAAGCUGGAACAGAGCAAUGGCAUCUUGCCCCGCCGUGCAGAUUCAAACUGCCAACCUUCUGAUCAGCAAGCCCAAGAGGCUCGGUGGUUUCGACCACAGCGCCACCUGCAUCCCUUUUACCUUUCUCUGUAGUGAGAAGUAUCAAUUAAAAUGAUGUUAUAUUGUAAGCAGGGAGAUGAGGUUUGUAGUUAUACAGGGGAAUGAAGUUUCAUCCACCUUGUGUGUUCUUUGACUAUCCCAUGAAGGCAUCCAGAUACCGUGGAGGAGCCCUCCCAAAUUUAAUCUGAAAAGUGCUACAGUGGUAUCUUACAGCAGGCCCACUGGUUCACUGUGGUAUGACCUGCUAAAGGCACAAAACUUAUUUCCAUGCUAAGUAAAUAUAGGCAUAUCUUGGAGAUAUUGUGGGUUCAGUUCCUGACCCCCAUAAUAAAGGAAAUAGAGUAAUAAAGCAAGACACACUAUUUUUGGGGUGUUUCCCGGUGCAUAUAAAAGUUAUAUUUACACUAUACUGCACUCUGUUAAGCCUGCCCCCCCCCAGCUGCGGAUGUAGGAGGGGGGAAGCCCAGCUCCAGCCCAUGCCAACUCCAUUGCUGUAGAGGUGCGGGGCUUCCUUCCGCAUGAAGUGGCCAGGCUGCCUGCAGCUGCACCUGCAUCUUUGUAAGAAGCAAUAUCUGCAAAGUGCAACAAAGUGAAGUGCAACAAAACUAGGUCUGUGUGCAUAUACUAGGCUUGAGGCUAGUGCUAUGCAUUCUGCAUUUCCACACAAAAAAUAAUACCCAAGUUUGAAAAUCUGUUCUGUUUUUAUGAGAGUUGGUGUUUAAAUUUCUGUAUUUGCGAAGAUAAGUUAGAAAUUACGUAGGCUGGAUUUGGUGAAACCUUCAAGCCUUAAAUUACAGUAGCAAGGAAAUAAUGUUACGGCACAGUUCCCAUUAAGGGGAAAAUCAAAAUAAAACAAUACGUGAAUAAGUAUAUGAUAUUUCCACAAUGUGUUCAGUUCAGAGAAUUUUAUUUUGGGACAGAGUAGGGACGCGGGUGGCGCUGUGGAUUAAACCACAAAGCCUAGGACUUGCCGAUCAGAAGGUCGGCGGUUCGAAUCCCCACAAUGGGGUGAGCUCCCAUUGCUCGGUCUCUGCUCCUGCCAACCUAGCAGUUCGAAAGCACAUCAAAGUGCAAGUAGGUAAAUAGGUAAACUUCCUCUGGCGGGAAGAUAAACGCCGUUUCCAUGCGCUGCCCUGGUUCUCCAAAAGUGGCUUAGUCAUGCUGGCCACAUGACCCAGAAGCUGUACGUCGGCUCCCUCAGCCAAUAAAGCAAGAUGAGCACCGCAACCCCAGAGUCGGCCACGACUGGACCUAAUGGUCAGGGGUCCCUUUAACUUUAUCUUUACCUUUACGUACAGCCUUGCUUUUAGGUACAAUAACUAUGCUGCCAAUUUUGCUGAAUGUAGUAAAGCUUUGGUGCAGAAAGCUUUAAUUUCUUGGUCUACAAUGACAAAAGUACCUCAAAGAAUUAGGAGCCAAAAUGCACCCCUCAGCACACUGCAUGCUUGAUAUCUGGCAUUCUCUUUGCCUCUUUAGCUGAUCUUCACCUCGGAGUGCAUGGAGGCAGAAGGCAUGCGCUGGCAUGAAGAGCACUUUUGCUGCCUCGAGUGUGACUUGCCCCUGGGGGCACGGCGCUAUGUCAUGAAGGGUGGCCAGCCCUGCUGCUGUGCUUGCUUUGAGAGUCUGUACGCAGAUGUCUGCCAAGCCUGUGGAGAGAUCAUUGGUAGGUGCUGAGCAUUUCUGUGGUCUUUCAUUGAAUGCAGUAGUGUCUGGCUGCUCAGUGACAGAUGGACCUUUUCUGUUGUAACUGCGGGCCUAUACUGAGUGAACUCCAGUGAACUCGAUAACCUGUUGCUCAUGUAAUACAAAGCUAAACCAUGCCUUUGCAUGAAGCUGCCAGCUAGGAUAUCACAGCUGCUUUGCUCUUCCUCUAGUACUGCUGCGUACUGAGCCGUGGUUUGACUUCCAUGCUUUUCACACAUGUCUCACUCCAGCCAAACCGCAAAUCAUAACAGACCUUGGUUAUGGCUCAUGGUUUGUCUGAAAUGUAACAAACCAUGAACCCGGGUUCAGAUCCAAAUAAUGGAUUGGCUCACAGCAGUAGGACUGGAGAAGGAGCAAAGUGGCUGUGAUCUCCUCUCUAGCGGCCCAGAAGCCUGCACACUGACUAAGCUAUGGCUUAUGUUAUUGUAGCAUGAGCCGAUGGAUCUUCUGAGUAAGGUAUUGCACUGCACUAUUAUUCUCCAUGCAUUUCACUAAUCCCAAGCCUUCUAAAAUAGCGGCCACAUUUGCAGUAAUUGGUUUAAUCAUACAUAGUAUGAUUUUAGAAAGCUUUCCCCUUGGUAUAAGCAUUUAAAGCAAUCGUAUAAUAAUCAGACAGAUUCUAAACCUUUCAGUUAAUAUUAUUCACAAAACUGGUAAAUGUAAAAGCCUUACAAAAAUCCAGUCACACCCUCUUCAAACUAGAGGCAAUCUGGUAAAUGAUGAAGAAACAUCGGUAUGACUCUGUAGCACAAUUGGCACUACAACUUAACUCUUUGUGAUCAAGCAGAGCAGAUGGAUGGUAAAAGUUUAGCUUGUAUCAUGCAGGGGCUCCUGGUGGAGAAUGUGAUAAACCAUAGAGUGGCUGGGUGAAGUGGCCAAAUUAAUUUUCAGCCUGUAUUAUCUCAUCAUCAUACUGUCUUAGCAGUAUGAAAGCCAGUUUUCCUUUUACUUUCUCAUUUGGGGUCUGAAAUGUACCUGGACAUAUCCCCUAUUUAACCGGGGAGGGGGGCGCAAGGAGGCCACAUCAGCAAUAAAUGCAAACGAAGUUCUGCAUUGAAAUUGCCUAUAGUUAAACUAGUGUGCUUUGUUCUGCUCUUGCAGGUGUUGACAGUGAGCAAGCCACCCUCCAAGGUCAGCACUGGCACGCCAAAUCCUGCUGCUUCUGCUGCAGCAUUUGCAAAAAAGCACUGCAAGGCCAGCUGGUCACUACUCAAAAUGGGCUUCUCUUCUGCUCUGAGGCCUGCAGCUUAGAGAAGGAAUCGGCCUUGUCUUCCACUGGCUCAGAUUCCUCUGACUCCGCUUUCAUCUCUGUUCCAUCCCCUGACUCAACACCCAUCUCUAGAAUUAGAUACAGCAGCCCAGGCUGCUCCUCUGCAGCUGCAAGAACCAACCCUAAUGCCUGUGAGGAAACAGCAGAUUCAGAUGGUAAGAUGUCUGUGGUGAUCAGCCUUCAGCAGCAGGGAUAAUGAUAUAGGCACCUUUGAGCCAAACCAAUAGAAGGCUCCCCAGUCCUACCUUAUUCUACUCCUAAUGUAGUGUUGAUUCCAGAUUUUUUUUAAUAGUGGUGGGGGGAAAGGUCUCUUGAGUGACUUACUUAGCUGCCCUUACUGAGUGAGCUUGCUGCCGUAACCACAGCACAUUUGCUUGCCAUGAGGCCCAAUCCACACUGUUACACAGAAGGGGCAAGAGACGCUUGCUUGCUCCUCCCUUGUCAAGGCUCAAAAAGAGGCCACAGGGCUCAGCCCUGGCGAGGUUUGGGCUUCACUAGAUGCCAGAUUCUGAUUCCAGAUAGCAUCUCUGCCUGACAAUAGAAAAGGUUGAUGUUUAUGCUUCUUACAUGUCUGUCCUGAUAAGAUUAUCUACAAUGGAGAAGGGGAGCCUGUUGCUCUCUAGAUCAGGGUGGUCCUCAGCAAUAUUGACACACACACCCUGCCAGCCCUCACACUAGCUUCCCAAAGCUGGGUAAGCAAGAUGCUGGGCUUUGGGAAGGAGGCAUGAGCGUUCUGACAGGGUCCUUGCAUCCCUUUCCCAAAGCCCGGCACCUUGCUUAGCCAGCAGUUGUGUGUAAAAUUUUGGCCUUGCUCCCACUCCCCCUUUGGUGACAAGGCAGUGUGCAGCCUGCAGGUCGCAUGUCAAAGUACUCUUGGUAUAUAAAGUUGGACUGCCCUUCUCUAGAUGUUGCUGGACUGCACCUUCCUUCAUCCCCAACUAGUUUGUCAUGCUGGGUAGAACCAACAGCUGGAGGAGAAGCCAAACAGCCUCCCCUGCCCUUGCCUUAUAGACUUUAUUCAGCAGUCAGACUUGGGAGUUUAGGAUCGUCAUACAGGUGACUUCUGUCUUUUCAGACCCAAGACCCACUAUUAAAGCAAACCUGUAUUUGGGGAUCCAUUUCUUAAUACUUUACCAUAUAUUUGCAUGGCGGUGCGGCUGCUCCUGUUGCAACCCACCUUGGAUUAAGGCAUGACCCCCCAGUUGAAGACCAGUUCUCUAAUAUAUGCUUGUUCUUCUUAUUACCAGCAAUGGAAACACUUCACACAUCUGGGGAUUCAUCACUGUGUCCUGAGUUCAGGAGCCAAGAAGAAGCAAGCACUAUUUUCCGAAAGAGAAUAGCUUCCCAGCAGUUUGAUAAAACUGAACUUCUGACUGAUUCUCCUCAAGCAGAGCGGGGAACCUCUAGCCCCUCUAGGCUAGAGGUAGUUCACAGCACUGUCAGUUUAACGGAGAACCAGCUGCUAGGGUCCACUUUCCCACUAACACCUCAGCAGCAAGUUGGAGACGAUCCCUUUAGGGGCAGCGCCUCCGAAGCCCCACAUGCAUCAGUGUGGAACAGGAACUUCUCGCAAAUGCCACCCGAGGACAGCACAGGCAAGCAGGAAGCUGUGGUGGAACAAGACGAUGCUUGGUGCCCUACUUGCUCGUCCUCUUCAGAUUCUGACUCUGAGCCAGAUGGCUUCUUUUUCGGAAAGCCCAUCCCAAAGCCUGGGGCCAGACGGAUUGUUCUACCCGAUAUGGAGGAAGAGACACUUGGCAAAGGGAUAGGGUGGGCAGCCAGAGCACGUUUGAGCAACAAACACUGCAGUAUAUGUUAG